AUCCGCUAUUACAUUAACUACAUCACUAAGCUUAAGUUUCUGCCAGCGUUUAAGGUAGCGUUCGAUCGAUCCUUCACGCCAUCUAAUAUCUACUCUGCCUUCCGCGGCGCAGGCCUUAUUCCUCUCCAGCUAUAUGCUGUUCUAUCAAGACUUAAUAUAAAGCUCCGUACGCCUACUCCACCAGCUGCUCUAGAGGCUCUCUAG